GUCUUCUGUAGUCAAUAAAAUUGUCAAGUAAUUCAUCAGCAAACUUGAACUUUUUAGAUUAUUUUACCAAAUUAUCUGUUAAAUUAUUUUUCAGUAUUAUAGUGAUAAUAAAAUAUUAUAAAAUAUUAAUUAAUUUACAAAAUUUAACAAAUUAGCGCUUAGUUCAAAGGCAAAACAUGCUAAAUGUUUGAACGAGAUGGGUUCAAAACCGCCAAUAUAUCAUGAAAAACAAGUAAAAGAAUUGUGUGCAUUGCAUGCACUGAAUAAUUUAUUUCAGACUAGGAACACAUUUUCGAAGUCAGAAUUAGACACAAUUUGCAGUAGGCUAUCUCCAAAUGUAUGGAUUAAUCCUCACCGCUCCAUGCUGGGUCUUGGCAAUUAUGACAUUAAUGUAAUCAUGGCUGCUCUUCAGAAGAAAGGUUGUGAGGCUGUGUGGUUUGAUAAAAGAAAAGAUCCUGGAUGCUUAGACCUCUCAAACAUAUGUGGGUUUAUUUUGAAUGUGCCAUCAGAUUAUAAGCUGGGUUUUGUAAUGUUGCCUCUUCGACGACGGCAUUGGAUCACUAUCAGACAAAUACAGGGCAACUUUUACAAUCUCGACUCUAAGUUAGAUUCUCCACAGUUAAUAGGAAGGAGUAGUGAUUUAAUAGCAUAUUUAAAAGAACAAUUAGACAGCAAAGAAAAGGAAUUGUUUGUGGUUGUGAGUAGAGAGGUUGAAGAAAAACAAUUGUGGAUGCAUCAGUACACGCUGAACAACCGGGGGCAUGAGACACAUUCCGAUCAGAAGGAUGUUGACCCACAACGUGGUAGUCCAAAUGAUAGUUUAUCUUCUGAUUACAACAACCGUGAUUCCGAAUGUCUGCGGUUAAAUGAGGUCAGAAACUGUUUUGUUAACAAAGAAAACUUUUAAGUGCUUGCAUAGCACAUUGGUUCGGUUGUGUGUUUGUGUGACUAAUCAAUGUAAGAUUUAUUAUAGUAAAGGGAUAUGAUGUUGACAUCUAUUAUAUUAUCCAUAUUUAGUAACUGUUAUAAUUACACCAUCAACAAAAUAAUAUUUAAAAAAAACAUUACUACAAGAAAGUCGUAGUCAUAUACAUAAUUAUGUAGAUAUGCACAUGCAUAUAAUCCAAAGUUCAAUUUUAAAAUAUUGUAUUUUAAUAUAUUUAUUGGUGUUUCGCUAUGAAGAACUAAACUACUCCGAGGUUAUAAAUACGAAUAGAAAUGUAUUAAGUACUUAAUUUUGAAUGUUAUUUAUAAAUUAUAGUUUUUUUGUUUCUUGUUAUUGUCAUUAAUUUGUUUUUUAAAGUUGCAUUUAAUUAUAUUGUUGAAUAUUAGUUAAAAAUUACAUAACAUAUAUCUCAUUUUGAAUGAGAGCAAUAUAACGGCCUAAAGUAAGUUAGAUCUCUAAGGGACUGAAUAUUUUGUAUUUCUAAUAGACAUUUAUUUAAUAGUAUUGUAUGAAUAUCUAUAGUCGUAAAUUUUUUUUUUAUUUACAUAAUAUUUUGGUCAGUUAUAUGCAAGAUGUUUCAUUGACAUUGUUUAAAAAGUAUUUUGAUCUUGUAAAUUUGCGAUCAAUAUUAUAAAUGUUUGUCAAUCAAUUACCUUAAAAAUGUAAUCGAGUAGGUUUUAAACAAGUCAUUUUUGAAUAAUCAGAUUAACAGAUAAUAUAUAGAUGCUAACAAAUGAAAUUGGUAAUAUACUAAUUGAAUAAGUAAUUUUUUCUCUAUCAAUUAGACGCUUGUAUACUUGGAACCAAUAGUUUAUAUUAUAAAUAAUUUAUGUCAACAUGCUGUGAAAUUAAAAAAAUAAUAAAACUUGUACAUUCAUAUAAUAGACAAAAUUAAAACAAAAAUAGACUGCCUAUGUCUAACCGAUGUGUAAAGUCCUUAAUUCCAGAGAGUUACCGCGUCUAUACCUUAUUCCAACCUCAAGAGGAGUAAAGACAAAUAAACAACAUUGAAAUUAACGCAAUAUCAUUGGUCGAAGAUCGAGAACUUUUAUAAUCUAUGGUAUUCACUAUGGAUACUCAUAAAAAAGGCGUUUUGAAUGUCCGCCAAAUUGUAACUUUGGAAGUGAAAUUAAAUUCGUUUUAAGUAGUUAGGUGAAAUAUUGUUGUAUUAUAAAAAAAGUAAAAUUAAUCAAGAAUUGAUUGUAAUGCAUAUUACAGCAGAUCUAUUAGCAAAUCGCAUGGAAUAUGUAAAUCUAAAGUUGGUUUUUCCUUACACCUUCAUUGGGAUACAGAGAUACUUUGAGGCAUGAAGUUAUUUCAGUUUUGUGGAUAUAUAAUAUAUAUUAAAUUAUUUCUUCCUACAUCCUACAUGCAAGUUUCCUCAUGACGUUUUCUUUUAUACCAAGCAUGAGAUUUAUAAUCACAAAUUAAGCGAGUGAAUAACAAAGCGGUGCUUUCGAUUUUAAUUCGCGAUCUACCAGUUUCAUCCAUGGGCUCAUCUCGGUCGGCUUCAUGAAUCAUUACUUGCAAAUGAAAUGUUUUAUUGACUCUUUAAUUUCACAGCAUAAUAUGAAUUCAAUAUAACGCCAAAUACUAACCAAAAUUGUAAUUAUAGUAUCUAUUUACAUUCAAACUACUGACUUCCACUGUCUAACAGCACACAUAUUUUGCUCGCAAUGUUCGAAUAUCACAAAACAGUGAUUCCAAUGUUUUAUAGUACUGUUACGCCGGUUAUAGAUGCGACACGGCUCAAAAUGUACCUAGCUAUAUUAUAUCGUAAAUUUGUUUUUAUUUUGAUAUUAUUAUUUUGUCCAAGUAUGUUUAUUGGUGGUGUUGAUCCUUGCCCGACAUUUCAUACUGCCUUGGAACUUGGAUCUUGCACUUAAUUAAGUGUGAAAGGAAUACUUUACAUUUCUUAUGUUGACAAUGUCGUUGGGCAAUGGAGACCAAUUACCAUAACUUAGUCCGUUUGCCUUUAUCUUCCUUACCUUUGUCUUCCUGCUAAAAAAAAAUAAGUAUAAUUUAUAAAAAAAAUCUCAUUUUUAUACAUAAUUUUGAUUUAAUUAUGAUGAUUGUAAUCCAAAAUAUAAUUCUCCCUUUAUAAAGAGAUUUUUUAUUAAAAAUGAGUUCAUUUUAAUCUUUAAAAGCAUGAGGUAUUUACUAUGGAUAUUAAUCGGCUACAUAAAGAUUUGAAUGGAAAUGGCGCUAAAAAAUGAGUAAAAAAACAUUUUCAAUCAUAAACAUCGUUACAUUAAUUGGUGGUUUAUCUUUUUUUAUUUUGUUUUAAUCUUAAAUGAUUAUGCUAAGAGAGAGGAUAAACGCCAUUUAUUGUUAAAAACAAAAAGCAAUACUUUUUUUAUAUAUUUAGAAGUGUAAUUUUUUACGAGUAAUAAUUUAUAGUUAUUUUGUAAGUCAGUGUGUGUGGUAUGUGUCUGGUUUGUUGUAAUCUGUGCCUGUAAUGUAGGCAGCUGUGAAUUCUAUCACCAUUCUAUAAGGAAAGAAUUAAAAUGUAUUUCGAUUCUUAUAUCUUUUACUCUAUAUUGUUGUAAAUAAAUAUUUUUCCAAAAUAAAAGCGUUUAAUUCUAUUUUUAAAAUUUAUAUUAUGUACAUACUUUUUACCAUUUACUAUUUAAUUUUUAAUAUAAACUAUAUUACCAUAUAAUAUUUGGUACAUACUGUAUGGUAAUUUAUCUUUGGUUUAUAAAUAGAAACGGACAAAAUUUUACUUAAUUA